CUGUUGCUUCUUUUUGGGGUGGUGGGAAGGGGCUGGACGGCGAGGGGUGACUUGACCAACUGACAGACAGACAGACAGACAGGGCAGGGUCCGGUAGGCUUUUCUGUCCUGCAACGACGUGCAUGAACCACCGGGGUGCCGCACGGAACUGGGACUGGGGGAGGAGCAGGCAGCGCUGCAGCAGCCAGGCAAGAGAGAUGGAUGGGCAUGUCGGCAUGGUCGUGACAGGCCAGGGCAGGGCAGGGCAGGGCCAGGGCCAGGGCCAAUGCAGUGAGUGAGUGAGUGAGUGAGUGGCAAGCCCGCGCCGCCGUGGGAGAGCUGCCGUUUAUUUCCCAACUAAGUCCCGGCUGCACGUCCAAUCCACGCCGGAAGGCAAAUGGCAAAAGGCAAAAAGGCAUGAUCAACUUGACGGAUCAUGCGCGAACAUGCCCGUCCAUGCUGCUGCCCACGCAGCCCGGCAUCUCGGUAGUGGGGAGAGAAAGGCGACAUUGGCCGUCGUCCGUGCCGCGUGUGGGUGGGAUUUGAGACCCCCGAGUCCUCGUCUUGCCCGUCUGCCCGUCUCUUGGCCCCCUCGUGUGCGCUCGCCCUCGUGCCGAAAGCAGCAGGUUGAGCGAGCACGAGAAAAAGGCAGCAGGCGCAACAAAAAGCAGGGGCUCGGGCACGGAACCAUGGGGAAGGGGGAGCCGCUGGUUUAUUACCCUGCCUUGCCUUACAUUGCCUUACAUUGCCUCGCCUCGCCUCGCCCACCCGCGCUGCUGUGGAUGACGGGAAGCAGGAGGAAGGGAAAAACGUGUUGGGCUGGGAUGGCGGGCGCGGGCUGGAGGCGCAACCGAGUUGCUUGCUUGCUUGCUUGAUUGCUUGCUGCCCGCUUGUGCUGCCGCUGCCGCUGCUUCUGCUGCGUCUGCUCGAGGCCCAGUCCCGGCCAGCAGUGCAGUGCCAUGCCAUGCCAUGCCAUGCCCGGUAUGUCUGUUUCUGCGAUCAUCACUUGUCGGAUCAGACAGCCUUGAAUACGACAGCAGCGUGCGUGCGCAGGUGCAGCGGCGCGGCAACAAUGCGCACCCCCUCGAAACAACCUCCCACAUAUGCACAUCCCUCCCACUUCCCUUCUCUCUGAGUUGCCUUCCCGCUGUGCAUGACGCCGCCUCCGGGAGGGGUGCGGGAGAUCAGUCUGGGCUGGGACGGGACGAGGGGUCGGCCUGCAACCAGAAUCGUGGAACAGGACCACACUGACGCUGUGGUAUGAUCGGGAGUAUCCCCCUCCUUGGCCCUCUUGGUGGCCCUGGCAGCCUGGGGGGGGUAUACACAAUACAAUAGCAAGCAGUAGCAGUGGUGGCUCUGGAGGGUGCAGUGCACUGCACCCCCUCCCCUCGCCCCUGGACCCUGUCUUGUGUGAUGCCGAUGGACCCAUCCUAUCCGGUGUGAUUGAUGUGUUCUGGUCCAGCCUGGCGAGCCCGGUCGUGUCUGGUCUGAUGUUGUUGGGAAACCUUGGUGGAUUAACCAACUUCCACCGCGGGCUGCUGGGCCUCACUGAGCCCGCAACUGCCGUCGUGCUCCCAGCCAGGGCAGAGCAGAGGCACCACCACACGACAAACACAUACGGGUGGAUGUAUGAUUGACGGUGCAGCAUGCUGGACGACCGAACCUUGAGGGCGGGUGUGUAAUCAGAUGGAGAUGCGGGUUCGCAGAUAUGCUUCUGGGCAGUCCCGGGUUCCUGGGUUCUUUGGCCUGCUCUGCCUUGCCACUGCCUGCUGCUGCUGCUGCUGGUGUUGGUGGGUCCCUCCAACCAACCAUCCAUCGACUCAUCCGCCCAUCCCUCUUGUCCUCAGUUAGACAAGCCGGGCCCCAUUUUCAUCAAUCGGACUCAGGUGGACUCAGGCCUAGGCUCAUGUUCCGGCUCUGAGCCAGGGAAAAGCAAAGCAAAGAAACCUGCUGGCUUGUGACUGAGACAUCCCGUGGUGGCCUGAGUGCUUGUGUGCCCUGCUGUGCUGUGAUGUGCUGCGAUGUGCUGCUGGCAGGCUGUACGGGGUAGGGCCCCCCCCCAAGCCCCAGUUCGCAGCCCCAGCCUGCCAGCACACACCCCAAGCCAUGUCGAUGUCAACUGUGCAUAUGCCUUGCAGGGCGUGUUUCGACGCCGUGAUCAUCGGCAAGCGAUGCUACACAAGACGGAGAGGCCUGAGCUUCUUUUCUGAGUCUGCCCUCUCAAGCUCGGUCUGGAAGCGGAAUAGAACCAUAAAAAAAAAGUGGUGACAGUUUGCGACGGGGAUCCGUGUGAAAUAGAGGGGGGUUUCCGUUUCAUUUCGGACGGCUUGCCGAGAGGGAGGCAUAACUCGACCGCACGAACGAAGGACCUCCCCUGCUCAUGAGGCUGGCGAUGUUGCACUCAUUACGAGUCGUGGUGGGAGAAUAUAUUUGUCAGCAUGAAAUAUGAGGCCGAUGAGUUGUGAGUGAUUGAGGAAAAUGAGUGAGUGAGUGAGUGAGAAUGAUGGCGGUCGUGAGAGUGAGUGAGUGAGUGAGUGACUGAGCAGUGAGAUUAGAUGAGUGAGAUUUGCUCAUGUGAUUUCGCGACGCGGGACGGCGGCGCGGGAGAUGGCCCCUCGAAAGCGGCGCCACUAGGACGCGCGGGAAGGAAGCGGCGUGGCGUCACCAUAGCAGCCAACAACAAAGGCGAGCCUGAGGCCAUUGACAUCUCGAGAUCCCAACCAUCUUGCCUGUGCGAACGACUUGAACGCUCCAUGCCAUGAGAUCGGAGCGACCGUGAUCAGAGAGCACCAUCUACGCAAACAAAACAAUGCCACCCCCGCCGAAGCCAACCCUCCCCAAGGCAGCCGAGCCCAAGCACGGCCGCAACUUCGACCCGUGGAACUCGGUGGCCCUGGGCCACCAGCGCGCCGAGACCAGAGGCCCCCAGGGCUGGAGGGAGAACCGCACCUGGAAGCUGCAGAACCAGCUCCAGGCCGGCCACUCGGGCGGCCCCCGGCUGUCCGACCGCGUGGGCGCCGGCUCCGAGGACUAUGACGAGCAGCUGGGGGUCCUCAUCCCCAAGGAGGUCAGGGCGAGGGCCGCCAACAGCGUCGUGGACAUGCUGAGGAAGCCUGGGACCAUGAACCAGGGGAGCAGCAGCAGCAGCAGCAGCCGGGGAGUGAAGGAUGGGGACACCAGCAUGACGGCGGGAGAGAAGCCCCCAACGUCUCCACGACACCAAGAUGUUGUCCCUAUGGGCCAACCCCCUAUGGAGCACGAGGCAUCGGCAAAGACAGAGGGUCCAAGCAGCAGCAGCAGGAAGAUAUUCGAUGGCCUCUGCAUCUACGUCAACGGGAGCACGCACCCACACAUCUCAGACCACAAGCUCAGGCACCUCCUCGCCCAGAACGGCGCGCGCAUGUCGAUACACCUCGGGAGGAGGCAGGUCACCCACGUCAUCCUGGGCAAGCCCUCGGGGCCCAACACCGGCGCGGGCGGCGGGCUGGCCGGCGGGAAGCUGGAGAAGGAGAUACGCCGGGUCGGGGGCUGCGGCGUGAAAUACGUGGGUGUCGAGUGGGUCCUCGAGAGCGUCAAGGCCGGCCGCCGCCUGCCCGAGGCGCGGUUUGCAAACCUCAAGGUCGCCCCCAGGAAACAGCCCAGUGUCUACGGCGCCUUCUCCAAGGCGGCGCCAUGAAGAUGACGGGGCCACCGGCGCAUCACGAGAAGGUGCCCAGCCAGCCAGCCAGAAGGACAGCCACUUUCGGGUGGAGAUGCCUUCUCGGCGGUGUAAAGCAAAGAAAUGUUUGCUGCGGGGGAGGCGUCCCCGACGAUGAUGUUGUCAUCUACGGGGGGGGGCCUCUGUGUACCGUGACAGGCUGUGCGUGGGUAGGUGUGUGGAAGGAAUCCUGUCUAUCUGAUAAAAGGGCAGAUAUGUAGGUCCCCCAGGGCUGCUCCCCGCUGGUGUCAGGGACACAGCAUGAUGCAUACAUACGUACAUACAUACAUAUUCUGGACCGUGGUGUACGUAUAGACGGGAGAAAGGGGGCAGGCCGCAUGGACGCACUCUCUCGCAUCGCAUGCGCAUCGCAUACCAGCUUCUUGUUCACGGGGAACGGUCGGACGGGUCACCGGUGGCGUUUUGGGACACGGGCUCUUGCAUGGAAGGAAGGACGGAGGCAUGGAAUGAUUUCUUGUGGCAUGGUCGGUCCCCUGUGUGCUUUUGGGCCAGGAAGAAAAUAACUGGCGUUGUGGUCCGG